AGUGGUUAUUGUUCCACUCAGUCGCAUUUACGUUCCAACCGUCGCGCAACACAGACGUGCGCGCCAGAACAACUCAGUGUGUGUGUGUGUGCUUGUGUUAAAUUAUUUGUGUGUUUUCGCUGUACAGAGGACCAUGCACUCGCGGUAACAGCUCAGAUAUGCGCCAAUAAUACUCACAGUGCCACUUGGACCAAAAUGGACCUGCACACGCCCCUCGUGGUUCACGGAUACGACCAUGCGCCCCUCUUGGAGGUGGAGGGGAUCGACCACAGCCCCCAGCAAAAGGUGCUGCUCCACCCCCCCAUUCAAAGCCAGGAGCUGAUGAGCAAUGACCACAGGAAUGGAGAGUACGAAUUUUCAGAUGAGCAGUACCACGCCCACAGCAGUAACCAGAGCGGAGACGGUAAGUCAGGCCACGGCGGGGUCAACCAACUAGGCGGCGUCUUCGUGAACGGCAGGCCCUUACCAGAUGUAGUCCGGCAGAGGAUAGUGGAGCUGGCGCACAGCGGCGUGCGGCCCUGCGACAUCAGCAGGCAACUGAGGGUCUCCCACGGGUGUGUCUCGAAGAUUCUGUCCAGGUACUACGAAACGGGUAGUUUCAAGGCUGGCGUGAUAGGGGGUUCGAAGCCGAAGGUGGCAACCCCACCAGUGGUGGACGCGAUCGCCGCGUACAAGAGGGAAAACCCGACGAUGUUCGCCUGGGAGAUACGCGACAGACUGCUCAGCGAAGGGAUCUGCAGCCAGGACAACGUGCCCUCCGUCUCCAGUAUUAAUAGGAUUGUCCGCAACAAAGCGGCGGAGAAGGCGAAACACGCUCACAACCAGCAGCAACAGCAACAACAGGAGCAGGAGAUCAGCUCCGCGCAGGGCAGUGUUGUUUCUGUAAUAACCCACGCCGGAAACGCUGGGACCACCGCCGUGCUGUCUCCGACAACGGACCAGCACGUCACCAACACCGGUAGCUACAGCAUCAAUGGUAUCCUGGGCAUCGAGCAGGUGGAAGGCCUGCACAACGGGAACGGACUGAAGAGGAAGCGGCAUGAGGAUCAGGAUGAAAACAGAGAUUUCAAUAGUCAUUCAGAAGACGACGUGAAGAGACAGAGAAGUCACUACAACGGCGAUCAGAUUUAUUCUAACUUAUGGUCAUCGUCCAAAUGGAGUCUGAAGGACGAGUACAAGCUGCUCUCAGAACUGGGCGGAGGCACCGGCUACUACGGGGAGCUGUUUGAGGCGCCGUAUGAGCAUGCAGCACAUCCGCAUUACGCGCCACAUUCUGCGGGCACUAACGACUCGACGGGGUCCGCAGCGGGGCCGGGCGAGCCCCCGUCGGCGGCCGGCAGCCCGGACGCGGCGGCGCUCGUGGUGCUGCAGCCGCCAGCGCCGCCCUAUCCGCCCUAUGCGCAUUAUGAUGGUACAGCCACGCUAGCCAGCGAAUACGCGUACGCGGCGCCCUAUUCACAGUACUCACCUUACGGAGGGCCCUACUCACAUUCUGCUGCUACGGGACUUCUGUCCAAGUGAUAUCAACGGACGCCGUGUGAACAAUAGCUCGGCGAGCCACAACGAAAAUAAGUGAUAUGGACACUGUUUAAAGUUAAUGUGAGAAUUUAAGUUAACUAAACCUUUAUCCAUUCCUUUAGAACUCAUUUAUAUUAUAGACCGUUGAUCUACCGACGAAUGGGAAAUGUGUUCGUAAAAAUUGGUUUUAUAAUACAAUUAUAUUUAAAUCUAAAAUCCGAUAGAUGGACAGUGACGUAUAGGUCCCUUUGAAUACGGAACCCGUCACAUAUGUAAUGAGUAAAAGUAAAUUUUUGUGUGUAUUUUAAACGACAUUUAUUGUAACAUCGGUUAAUAUAAAUGCACAUUCAUCCCACAUGAAAUUAUAUUUAAAAUGGCUUCGGUUAUAAACAGAUAGUUUUGUUAAAUUUGAAAUGUUUGCUGCAUAUUUUUUAUUCGGUUUAACAUCAAGACAUUGUGUUUCUCGACUUUUAUCAAACACAAAACUCAUUAGUUGGUAUAUCAAUAUUAUAGACAAAUAAUGUACAAUUCGAUAUUUUUAAUUCCUUUGUGUAUUUGUUUUAUUGAGGUCAGUAGCUUGUUUGCUUUCUCAAUGUCUAGAUUUAACGUUAUACUCAUUAAUUUAGUUGAAUUUCAAACGAGAGAGCCAAAGUUAUCAUGAAUGUAAAUAAAUUAAUGAUAAAUGUUUCAACAUUUCAUCGUUAAUAGCUUAGAGUUUUCGUUUACCUCAUAGGAACAACAUAUAGCGCUUGGUGUAAGAUCGACUACGCUUUCAAGACGUUUUAUUAUCUCUCUAGUGAAAUAUCCAUACAUUUUUAUGAAAAAUUUGAUUUUCAUCAAAACAGUAGUUGUAUUAAAGUUUAUUAACACGCUUUUAUUAGCUUCAUCGGUAUGUUUGUAUGUAAUUGAUUUAUUUAGACUCGAUUUUGAAUACCACUCUGUAGACUUAUCAGGGAUCGGUGACAAUACAAUAUUUUCAUGUAUCUAUCUCCUUCUAAUUAGGAUCGCCGGAUAAAAUAAUUUCCUUACGUGUACUGUGUAAAUGAGCAAGUGAGAUAAUUUAAUUGAUUCUAUGGUUAUAGCGUGUUUUUGAAGCUAUAUUUUUUUAUUUUUACCUCGAUCUGGUCUUACACCAAUAUGUUUUCUUUAAGCUGUCUUAGCACAAGUAAUCUAUAUUAUAUCAACUGUUUAUAUAAGUUAACUUAUUUUUAUAUUGUUAUAUAUAAGUAUAUAAGAAAAUAAACUGAACAAAUUAAUAUAUGAGUCAAGUAAGUGUAGAUUUUCUUGAAAUUACAAUGAGAUUAUGUGUUUUCCCAGUGUAUUUUUUUAUUUUUUUUUUUAUAAACAUUAGCUUCUAGUUACGUUUGUAUUGUUUUAAAAACAUAUUUAUUUAUUUUGUUUCGAAUGUUUUCCGUCCAUUUUCAUUUAUUAUUAUUAUUUGUAAAUAAUAAUGAAAUUAUAGUGAUAAAACUUCCGUUACGUACCAUCGUGUAUAUAUAUAAUAUUAUUAUUAUUAAAAAUAUACGUUUUGUUUCAAAAGUAAUGCAUACAGUGUAGAGUUACGCCAAAGACAAAUGAAAUCGUCUUUUCGCAAAUCAGUUGUAUUUUAGACCAAUAAAUAAUGAAGAGCAAUAAUUUAUCGCCAAAGAGAUAUUGUGACUGACUUUCUUGGGCAAUUAAAUACAUUUCAUAUAUUUAUUGUUAAAUGUAAUAAAUUGUAUUUUUUCAUAAUUUAAUCACGAUAAUAUAACUUGAUCGAUCUAGAAUUUUCUAUGCGGUUUCAAUAGUUAAUUUAUUAAUAACAUAUCUACAUCAUCAGUUAUUUCAAGUUGUUAUCAAAAGAUGCAUAGAAUCAAUUUUCCAAUUGCCCAAGGAAGUAUAAAUCUAAAUAUAGUUAACUCAAUUCUAACAAAAUAUUGUUUCCUAAUUAUGUUAUGAACUCUUGAUAUUGCUUCAAAGCAUAUCGUUUAGUGAUCAGGUAAUAAUAAUGGUAAAAUAUAAUAGUUUUGUUUUAUUUGUACUAAGUAUAAUUUUAAGGCAAACGCACCAGUACGAAAUAAAUGCAUAUGACUUUAUAUAA